ACCUUCAAAACAUCGAUCAAUCACUUGCUCAAUAUGGCCGAUAUAUCCCCCGAGAAUCUCCUUGCUGCACUGGAAGCUAUUGCAGUAGCACCACCGACUGAUAUAGAUACAGACCUUCGCGUCAAACUAUAUGAGGCAAGCAAAAAGGCCUCGCUCGCUCUGGAGCAACCCACAGAGACUGUGAUUCGAUUACUGCUUUCGCAUCCGGUAGAAAGAACAUUGGUAAAGAUCGCACUUGACCUGGAGCUGUUCUCCAAGAUUGCAAAAGCCGACACUGCGCCUCAUUCCCUGGCCUCGCUGGUUGAAUCAACUGGCGCCGACAGUCUCCUAUUGAAACGUAUUAUGAGUAGUCUGGCAGCAUUUGGCGCCGUCAAACAAGUUUCUUCUGAGUCAUACACACUCGCACCAUCUUACUUGAGUCUUGCCAAACCCGACUUCGGAAGAGCAGUCUUGAAUUGUUCCGAAUUCCUCGAUGCUACCUAUCAGGCUCUCCCAGGCCUACUCAGAUCUAAUAACUACCAAAACCCGACCGACCCAAAAAACACUGCUGUGCAGAGGGCAUUCGAUCGCCCCGAUACGGACUUAAUUGGCAUUUUAAUGCAGAAUCCAAAGGCUGGCCAGGGGUUUGGAAUGCUCAUGAGUAGUUGGGGGGAGGGACACGCAAUGUUGCAGCAUCUCUACCCUGUAACGGAGAAAUUGGUAGAUACCUUCGAAGAGAACAUCAGUCCAGUCAUGUUUGUCGAUGUUGGCGGUGGAUACGGGCAGAGGGCGAUGGCACUGAAGAAAGAUUUUCCCCAGAUUCCUGGCAAAAUUAUUGUGCAAGACCUUCCCUCAUCUAUUGAUCGAGCACCGCCGGCUGAGGGGUUGGAAUUCCAAGUACACGACUUCUUCACCGAACAGCCCAUCAAAGAGGCAAAGUCUUACUAUAUCCGCCAAUGCCUUCACAACUGGCCGGACGAUGAAUGCGUAAAGGUCCUUCGCCAUCUAGGAGACGCUAUGAAGCCCGAAUACUCAGUGCUAUUGAUACAUGAGCAGAUUAUGCCUGAAAAGGGAGCAGGCCAAUGGGUUUCCAUACAGGAUGUGAAUAUGAUGGCAUUGUGCGGCGUAGCUGAGAGGUCCGAGCAGACUUGGCGUGACCUUAUAGAGAAGGCUGGAUUGAUGGUAACCAAAGUUUACCUGUCUAGAGAUGGUGUGUCCGAAAGCGUUAUAGAAGCCGCUAAGGUCUUGUCCCGAUGA